CUGCAGUAUUUGAUAUUUUUCAGCAACGUAAACUGUGACUUUUAAAAUACUUGCGACAAGUAGCAGGCGAGUGAGGAACAAGUCAUCUCCAGUUUCAGAUCAGAAUCAGAAACGAAGGCGAAAAUUCCGACUCAGGCCACGGACGGAAGUUUAUAACUUCGUUUCAUAAUCAAUCAUUUCUCUGCUGAAAGCAGCACAACACACGAAACGAAACGGAAACAUAUCGUUUUCCAUCAGAAAGUACAGCAUUCCAAACUAUUUUCGGUAGCAAAAAAAAGGGGAAAAGAGCCAAAUCAAAUGUAAAAGUUUGUCUAAACAUAAAAACAUCAAUCGUGCGCGAGCCCGAUAUGGACGAUACUGCCGCAUCGCCCGCAGCGGCCACAGCAGCUGGCUGUGAUGCUGCCCGUGACAAGACAACAAACGCUGGCGUUGCCGUUGCCGCCGCCGCAGCGGCCAGCAGCACCAGUGUGAGGCUCCUAAUUAAGUCGUCAAAUCAACAGUAUGACGACAUGAACGUCGACAGUGAUCUCUCCUGGACGGUGCAGCGCCUGAAGAAGCAACUGUCCCUGGUGUAUCCUGGCAAACCGUUUACGUCAGCUGUGGCGUGUGGAUUGCCCAGAAGUUGUCGGAGGUCAUACGCAGCUACAAGGACGUCUACCAGCAGCAUCACAUCUUUCACCUGGUCUGUGCCAAUAAGCACUUUGCCAAGCUCCCGGCAAUGCCCACUGCAGUGCCGAAGAACGCAGCCCCACGCCAGGAGGGCAACCUCAACGCCAGCACCAACGAGAUUCGUCAGCGUCAUGCCUCAAAUCAGCAGCAGCAGCCGCCGCUGCAACUGCCCCAACAGCAGGCCGGUGUCGACAGUUUCCUGCACGGGGAUGUUAAUAAUCUCGCAUUUAGAACAUGGUAUCCCCUCGGGCUGCAGCAGCAGCAGCCUCCGCACCCACUCCUGCCAUCCACAAUCCGAACAACAACAACCAUAACGGAGGCAGCAGCAAAUACAGCAGCAACAGUGGCACACCCACAACACCCAGCACUGGAGGUAGCUUCAAGUUGUCGCGUCGGGUGUUUGGUGAAUCGGGUUCCUCGGCAUCGACAUCGGCCUCCAACUCGGGCAUACCCACGCCAACGGCACCGGCACCGUGCCGGGAGCGAGAGCGCCAACAGCAGGAGCAGCAACAGUCGCUGAAGCUGCGCAAGAAGAUCAGCUACUGAGCAGGAGAAGAUUCCCUGUCCUUCCUUGUUGCCUUUAGUUUUACAAACAUACAACAUAAUCCUUUGUUAAAUAGUGAGAAAUUAAACUUUUGGGAAUCUAUAGAUAAUGUCGGAAUCCGAAUCCCCUCUCCAAAUAGAAAGAGUUUCCCCCGCUUUAAAUCAUAUAUUGCCUUUGCAAUUCUUGUACAAAGUUAACGAAUCAUUAAAAUCAAUUUAAACUUCUUGAUGUUUUAUCACACACGAACCUAAAUCCUUUUAGAUUGUAUUAACGAACGAAAUUUAUGUGCAUUAUUCAGACUCGUUUAGAGUGUAAAUAUGAUACAAGUUUAUUUAGUUGUAAGGACCACUAUAUAUAUAGCAAAAAUAAAAAUGUUAAUAAUAUAAUAUACUUAUACUUUGGGAACGUCUA